UGAAAGACUCAAAUCAGAGGGUGGAUAAGUCCCAACCUACUUGGGCAGUUGGGAUAGCAGUGUUUUAGUGUAACUAAUGAUCGGCGUUGGAUUUUAGAGUCUCUAGCUAGCUGCCAAAGUCAAGAGUCCUGCAGAUGGCACUGCACAGGCAAAAAGAGGAUGUCUUACUGGCGUGGAUAAACAGCCUCCGUUUGGCGGACCCGAUUAACAGCAUUGCCCUUUUACAUGAUGGCAUCUUGUUUUUGAAAUUGAUAUGCAAACUGAAUGGACAAGAAGAACAGUGCCUUCUGGAUCAGCCCAUCCAGGAAAGAUUUGCAUUUGUCUCUGAAUUUGUAGAAAGGCAAUGUCGAUACAAAGCAGACAGAGGUUCCUUCAUCUCAUGGGACAACAUCCUGAAUGGCAAAAACGCGGAUAUGGAGUUGUCAAAGGUGGUUAUGCUCCUUGUGUACCAUACCAGCAUGAAUGAACUUGUAGUAACUGACAAUGUGGACCGGAAGAUGGAGUUUCAGAUGGCUGCCGUACUCCGCUUUGUUUUCGAUAAGGAGGACAGUCUUCACCUGGGUGACAAUUUGGAGGACUUUCUAAAAAAACCAUUCACUGUUGCUUUGUCCAGUGUCUCCAGCAUAAGCAGUUCCAGUGAUGAGUCACCAAUCUUAAACAGGCAACGGAGACCAGAAGUAAAGUUCUUGGAGCUGACGACCGUGGCAUCGAGCUCGGCUAGAUCCCCGAUACAGGAGGUCAUUAACACACCCCAGUUCCAGCUGAGGAAGGUGCGUAGGCAGCUGGCUGAGGAGAGGGACAUGAGGGAUGAGCUGGAGCGAGACCUAGCCAACACCAGCGAGUUGCUCUCAGAAAAAGAAACGCAGUUAUCCCAGCUGCAGCAUAGGCUCCAGAGACUGAUGAGGGACAAUGCAGAGCAGAAGCAAGAGCCCAGUGAGCUGGAGGAGCUCCAGAAUAAAAAUGAAGGGCUUUUGGAACGUUUGCAUGAAGUCCUAAAGCAAUGCCAUGACUUGAAAACCAACAAGGGUCAAAUGGAAAAGAAGAUUGAUCAGUUGACUGAGGAAAAUGGAGAUCUGUCUGUUGAGGUAAGAGACAUGGCUGCUCGUCUGUCAAGUGCUCAGAUGAUGGCGGACACCCUAAGUGAGGAGCAGCAGGCAUCACAGGCAGAGUGGGAAAGCAAGAAAACCUUCUUUGAGACUGAACUUUGCCAAGCUGUAUCAGAAAAGGAGAUCUUGAGUGAGCAAAUUGAGAUUUUGCGAGGGAAGAUCUCUGUUCUGGAGGAUGAGCUAAGUAAAGCACAAGCCCAAUCUCAGGAGCAAGGCGAGGUCAUGGGACCCAUAAUGAAGUGGGAAAGGCUAAACCAUGAGAUUUCUGAAUUAACAUGCAAGCUGUCACAGCUCCAGGAAAGGAUUAUCCAGCUUGAGAGGGAAAAAGGAGAAAUGCAAACAAAACAUGAGAACGAGAAAAACAAAUUUGAGAGCGAGACCUCCCGUCUGCAAGGGCUCAUAUCUGAACUAAAACAAACCUUGUGUGUCCUUCGUGGUGAAAGGGAGGCCCUUGAGCAAACCUCAAGAGAGCAGCAGGCAGUAAUGGCUACCCAGAUUACUGCCAUGAAUGCAGAGAUUGCAUGUCUUUCUGAAAUUAUUCACAGCAAGGAGCUGGCAGCAACAGCACUUGGGCAACAAGUGGCCGAGGAACAGAAGCAGAGAGGGAUUUUGGUGGAGAAGAUGGAGAAGCGGGAUCAGAUGAAUGAGGUGACCAUUCUGGCGCUGAAUCAACAAGUAGAACACCUAGAAACUACAUUAAAAUCAAAGGAAGAGGAGCACUCUCACCAGCAAGCCAUUUUGCAAGAGACGUCCGAGAGUGCAAUCCAGGAAAGGGAUACUAUCUUGGUGGAAUAUCGUCAGUUUCGCCAGGAAAAAGAAGAGCAAGUUGUCAACCUCAAUCAACAGGUCAGGCAACUUGAAGAGCAGAGGGAGGUGCAGCUGUCUCUUUUGUCUGACUUCAAGAGAGAGAAAGAAGAGCUACAUUUAAAGUUGAUUUCUUUGGAAUCUGCUGUCAGGGAUCUGCAAAACGAGCUGGAAGUGCAGAGGCAAAACCACAAAGAGACUCUCACAGCCAAACUCCAGAAACAUUCCGAAAUGGAAUCUGAGAUCAUUGAGCUUGGAAACCGGGUCCAGCUGUUGCUGACCGAUAUUGAGCUGAUGAGCCAACAGGUUAAUAAAUCACAAGAGGAGAAAAUUCAUGCUGAAUCCUGUGUGGAAGAGCUGAAGAUUGAAUGUAGAGAGUUAUCAAACACACUUUCUGCAGAAUGUGAUCGUAAUCUUCACCUGUUCAAGGAGAGAGCAGCAGAGGUUGAGACGUUAAAUGCAAAAGUUCAAACACAAACUGAAAAAGUGGACAAACUGGUAAAGGAGACGGAGCAAUACCUCGUGGAACUUGAAGCCAUACGGACUGCAAAAACAAAUAUAGAGUCUCACCUUAAUUCAGUCAUUGAAAAACACCAAGCAGAGAUUUGCACAUUGCAUCUCGAGUUGACUGAUGCGCAAGGAUUGGUUAAGCAAAAGGAAGCUGAAAACGAACUCUUACAGAAUGAAAUAUCCAUGAAAGGAGAAGAACUGAAGAUCCAGCAAGAGCAGGUACUUUAUCUUCAAACUGAAACCAAUCGGAUGGCGGAGCUGCGACAAAAUCUGGCAGAGGAAGAGAAGAGAUAUGAAAUGGCUAAGCAAGAUGCUGAUGCUGGGAACGAGGAGGCUCGGCUAUUGAGGAUCACACUGGAUGAAAAGGAAAAUAAGAUCAACAUUCUCCUACAGAACAUCGAAGCUUUAGAAGGAAAUGCUUGUGAGCAGGAUCUUCAGAACAAGAAGCUUGAGGAUUAUAAGCACUCUGUCUCUGAACUGGAACACAGGUUGGCAGAAAGUCAAGCGCAAAUCAGCAAAAAGGCUGUAGCCUUAGACAGUCAGGGUCAGCAAGUGUUGAGUCUACAAAAAGAUCUGGCCCUUGAACAAGCAAGAGCAUUUUCAUUGGAAGAGAAUUUCAAGGCUUCACAAGCUCUAAUCCAAAACCAAAAGAUGCAGGAACAAGAAUUAAGAGAGGAGGCCAUUGUUCAUAGUGAAGAACUCAAGAAGCAAAAGUCAGAUUUGGAAAAACUACAGCAAGAAAUCUUGCUGAGGCAGGGAGAGAAACAAGUGGCCGAGAGUAGGGCUGUCGUAGCUACAGAAAAGGUUGCGGUGCUCCAGGCUGAAGUUCUCUCCGUUUCCUCUCUGGUUACAGAAAGGAAUGAAAGUCUUGAGAACAUGAAGAAGGAAAUUAUAGCCGUACGUACAGAAUUAAAUUGUCAAAAGGAGCAAGCUAUUGAGAGAUGCAAACUAGCUGAGGCAGAUCGCAAAAGACAGGAGGAAACCAUUGAAAAACUUAACGGAGACGUCCUCUCUGCAUCUAGUCUUGCCGCAGAAAGGCAACAUGAAAUUCAGGUGCUGCAGAUGAAGGUGUCCUCCUUAAAAAAGGAAUUGGACAUGCAGCAGGAGAUUGGGCACUUGAGAGACCAGGAGACAGGGUCUAAAUGCAUGGAAUUGGAGAAAGAAGUUGCCCAACUUCGGGCUCAGGUUCUGGAGGCCUCUUCCCUUGCUUCUGUAAGAGAAUCUGAGCUUUGUUCCCUACGCAGUGAAGUAAAGGCGAGUGAUAGCCUGAGACUUCAAGCAGUUGAGACGGAAAAAGCUCAACGCAAGGAAUUUGAGGAGAAAGUUGCCCAACUUCAGGCUCAGGUUCUGGAGGCUUCUGCCCUUGCGUCUGAAAAGGAAUCCGAGCUUUGUUCCCUGCACAGCAAAUUAAAAGAGAUGGAUAACCAGGUUCUGGAGGCUUCUGCCCUUGUGUCUGAGAAGGAAUCUGAGCUUUGUUCCCUACGCAGUGAAGUAAAGGCGAGUGAUAGCCUGAGACUCCAAGCAGUUGAGACGGAAGAAGCUCAGCGCAAGGAAUUGUUGGAGAAAGUUGCCCAACUUCAGGCUAAGGUUCUGGAGGCUUCUGCCCUUGCGUCUGAAAAGGAAUCCGAGCUUUGUUCCCUGCACAGCAAAUUAAAAGAGAUGGAUAACCAGGUUCUGGAGGCUUCUGCCCUUGCGUCUGAGAAGGAAUCCGAGCUUUGUUCCCUACGCAGUGAAGUAAAGGCGAGUGAUAACCUGAGACUCCAAGCAGUUGAGACAGAAAAAGUUCAACGCAAGGAAUUUGAGGAGAAAGUUGCCCAACUUCAGGCUCAGGUUCUGGAGGCUUCUGCCCUUGCGCCUGAAAAGGAAUCCGAGCUUUGUUCCCUGCACAGCAAAUUAAAAGAGAUGGAUAACCAGGUUCUGGAGGCUUCUGCCCUUGUGUCUGAGAAGGAAUCUGAGCUUUGUUCCCUACGCAGUGAAGUAAAGGCGAGUGAUAGCCUGAGACUCCAAGCAGUUGAGACGGAAGAAGCUCAGCGCAAGGAAUUGGUGGAGAAAGUUGCCCAACUUCAGGCUAAGGUUCUGGAGGCUUCUGCCCUUGUGUCUGAGAAGGAAUCUGAGCUUUGUUCCCUACGCAGUGCAGUAAAGGCGAGUGAUAACCUGAAACUCCAAGCAGUUGAGACGGAAGAAGCUCAGCGCAAGGAAUUGUUGGAGAAAGUUGCCCAACUUCAGGCUCAGGUUCUGGAAGCAACUAGUCUGGCAUCUGAAAGAGAAUUGGAGCUUGGUUCUAUGCAAAAAGAAAUGAAAGCGAAGGAUAGCUUGAGACUGGAAUUGGAGAACGAAGUUACCAAACUUCAAGCCCAGUUUCUGGGGGCUUCUGCCCUUGCGUCUGAGAAGGAAUCUGAGCUUUGUUCCCUGCACAGCAAAUUAAAAGAGAUGGAUAACAUGAGACUCCAAGCGGUUGAGACAGAAGCUCAGUGCAAGGAAUUGGUGGAGAAAGUUGCCCAUCUUCAGGCUCAGGUUCUGGAGGCAACUAGUCUGGCAUCUGAAAGAGAAUUGGAGUUUGGUUCUAUGCAAACAGAAAUGAAAGGGAAGGACAGCUUAAGACUUCAAGUCGUUGAAACACAGGAAGCUCAAAACAGGGAGUUCGAGCAAAAGCUAAUGACACUACAUGACGAACUUCAGCAUGCUUCUUCCCUUGUCACUCAAAAACAACAACUCAAUGAAGCCUUAAAGGAGGAACUUAAAGAGCGAGAUGUCUGUCAGGAGAGAAAUGUUCUCCGGACUCAUGCUGAAGAAGUUAACAGGAAAGAGAUGGAAGACAUCAUUGCUAAUCUGAAGGCAAAGCUUAUUAGUGCCUCUUCACAGGAAGAACAUGCUGCAAAGCUCCAGCAGAAAAUGGUGGCCUUGAGGCAUAAAAAUGAGGAGCUGUUGUCCAUAAGGGAAGUAUUGCAAAAGGAGCAGGAGGCUUCCCAGAAAUUGACGGCGGACCUGGCGGGACAGCUCCAACUGGCAAGGGAGGAGCUCUCGACACUCCGUCCUCUGAGGGAACAGAUGGCAGAGACGUCGCAGCUCAGCCGUGACCUUCAAGAGCAGUUGUCUCUGAAGGCUGAGGCUUUGGAGCAUUACAAAUCUCAGGUUGAGAAUGCAAAAAUGCAUUAUAAUGGGAAGAAGCAGCUGGUACUAGAGGCCAAUGAGAAGAUCCACACUAUUACGACAUCCCUGGAGGCAAGGGAACAGGAGGUUAAGACCCUAAAAGGACAAAUUAAGGCUCACCAGCUGGAGCUGGAGCAAGCGAAGGCUACAGAGAACAAUUUGCGCUUGAAUGUCAACAGCCUGCAGGCUCAGCUGGACUAUGCUGAUAAGCAGCUACGGGAGCAGAGGAGGCAUGGAAAGUGUGAGACAAAGCCCAAGGAGACCAUUUAUCAGAAAGUUAAUGACAAACCGCAGGACACCAGUGGCGACAGUCUAGACCUUAGCCUGGAUGACUCCCUCAACUCCACCAGGAGACCAUCAAAGCGGGAAGAGUCCAGCACCCCCAUGGUGCGUAGCUCGGAGCGACUUCAGGCCAAACGGCGGGCUCGUGGUGGGGAGUCACUCGAGACGCUGUACUUCACGCCCAUGAGCGCCCGUAAUGCUGCGGACGUCAAGCUGGAGAGCAGCAUCAACUCUCUGGGAGAGCUUACGCUCGACUCGACCAAGAAAAGCUCUGCCCGCCGUCGCACCACCCAGGUCAUCAACAUCACCAUGACCAAGAAGACCCCCGGCAGAGUGGAGGCAGACCCAGAAGACGGCUCUUUCUGUAGCCUGCAAUCGGCGCAGUCCUUCCCCAACCUUGCCUCCCAAAGAGGUCGGCCCUUCUCCGUGGAAUUCCCUGAGGAGGCCACGAGUGACCAGCUCCGGAACCUUCCGGGCUACCGACGCAGCGCUGCUUACACUGUCGCCCCUACCCGCAGCAUUAGCACGUUCAGGGUUGGUGCUGAAAAUGAGCCAGACUUUUCAGAAGAAUGGAUGCGUAUUGCAGAGCUGCAAGCUCGAAACAAGGCCUGUUUGCCCCAUCUGAAGAGCAGCUACCCAAUAGAGUCCCAGCCCGUCCUUGGGAUCCCCUCGUUCACCAUCACGGAUGAUGACCUGAAGACGGGUGAUCCUAAUGAGACUAUCCGCCGGGCCUCGAUGAUGCCGGGUCAGAUCAGGGACUCCGUCGCUUCACAUCGGCAUUCCAUGCUCCCGGGUCAGAUCCGAGACGGCUCGCUCUCCCGCCGCGAAACCAUGCAGCCGGGCGACUCCUGGGCAGCGUCCCGGCAUACCGCUGUGCAUCCGAAACGGUGUCCGAGCAACGCCCAAAACGGCAGGGCUGCCACGCUCCCUCUGAAGCGUGGGGGAGGCGACCUGCAGGGGCCCGACACGCCGGAGGCUAAGAAGUUGGUAAGCUGUUUCCCCCGUCCCAUGACUCCUAAAGAACGGGGCGAUCGCCGCUUCGCAUCGCAAAACAGUCAGAACCUACCGCCCAAUACUCCGGUGGACCGCAGGCAGUCCAUGGUGUUCAGCAUUGAGAACACGCCAAAGAAAAACGGCAAGAGCAACUUGCUGCAGAAGGGCUUCAAUAAGAUGCGGGCCAGCACUCGCAAGUCACCGGGCUCCACCAGCAAAGCUACCCGCUCGACCAAGUCCCCGCGCCCUGGCAAGUCCCCCCACGGAGAGAAGCCACAGCGCAAGUCCCCUCGAAUCAACAGCAACAAGUCUCCAAAGGUCACCUCCAGUGCCAGGAAGAAUGUCAGUGCUCACUUAAUGGAGUGUGUCUUUGUCCAGAGGGAGGAAAUGGCUCUUGAAACAGAACAGCAGCCAAGUUGAAGUUCAUGAACUAUAGAUCUCGGAUGAAGAUUUGAGUCCAACAAUGGCGGUAUUCGGCUCAGGAAAUCUAAAGGAAAUGGGCCCUGCUUCCCUGUAUUUUAUGUUCUUUUCAUCUAUUUUUUAAAGGUGCUGUGCAAUAAAUUAAUAUUAUGUUUUUCUUAACUGCAGCCGGCAAUUAUGAGGACCAGCUUGACAUAUUCACUCGUCUUGAAAUGCUCUGGAGUCUGAAAUUAUAUCUUAUUGUUGUAUCCUCUUCAAUUUUUUUUAAUUGGCUGUCUUCAGUGUUUUCAAAUGCAUUCGUUUUAAUUCUGUUUUAUGGGGUGUGUAUAAAGGGCAGUUCAUAAAUAAAAUGAUGGUACAUUUGCACUUA